AUGAAGAUUGACCGGAAAAAUAAGCCUGAACGAGUCAGUCAUUACAUACCCUAUGAAGCAGAUAUUAAAUUAGGCAAGAUCCAGUGUCCCGUUCCAGUCACGAAAAUACCAGUCAUUGAAAGACUGAAUAAUAUCCGUAUUAACGUCUUCGGAUAUGAAGAUGAUGAAGUGUUCCCCCUCUAUGUAUCCCCUCAAGAAAAUGAGGACUGUAUUAAUUUGCUCUACAUUUCUAAUGAAGGAGGCAGUCAUUAUUGCCUCAUUAAAAAUUUUUCGCGGUUAAUGGGAGAUUUAACACGUCAUAAGACAUGCACCUUUUACUGCUAUCGCUGUCUCCACAGAUUUUCAGAGGAGCGAAAUUUAAAAAAUCAUAUAACGUUCUGCAAAGAACACUCACCGCAGCAUAUUAAAAUGCCUUCAGAGGAAGAUAAAUUUCUUUCAUUUAGAAAUCAACAUUUCCAACAUCCAAUUCCAUAUAUCAUAUAUGCUGACUUUGAGGCUAUCGUCAAAAAAGUGCAUACAUCGGAACCGAGUCAUGCUACCUCAUACACACAACCCAUUAUGAAGCAUGAAGCUUGCGGGUACGCUUACAUCGUAAUAGGUCCCGAUGGCAAGAGUUUAAAACCUGCUCACGUGUAUCGAGGAUCAGAUGCCGUAGAUAAUUUUCUGCAAAAUAUCAUCCGUGAAAAAGAUGAACUUGCGGAAACAUUAACUCACAUCGUUCCAUUAAUUAUGACACCACAACAAGAGCAGGACUUUUUAACGGCUACGAUUUGCAAUCUGUGUAAGAAGCCUCUUUAUAAGGAUCGCGUUCGCGAUCACGAUCACUUGACGGGACAUUACAGAGGAGCAUUACACAGUUUAUGCAAUCUGAAAUAUCGCUUGCAGAAAAAGAUACCGGUGGUCUUCCAUAAUUUGAAGCAUUAUGACGCUCACCAUAUAAUGCAGGGACUGGGAAAGAUCGAAGACCAUCAAAUUGAAGUCAUCGCUACGAAUAUGGAAAAAUAUAUCACUUUUGCCCUUAGCAAGAAACACAAUAAGAUCAAAGUUUCUUUACAAUUCAUCGACAGUUUCCAGUUUUUGAAUACAUCUCUUGAAAAACUGGUACAAAAUCUGCCUGCAGAAAAAUUCAACAUUUUAAAGGAAAAUGUAAGAGAAGGGGAUCUUUCUCUUCUCUUGAAAAAGGGCAUUUACCCUUACGAUUACAUCCAGUCCUUUGAGAUGUUUGAAGAGACGGCGUUACCACCUCCUGCCGCCUUUCACAAUAGUUUAACGGACGAGGAGAUUUCAGCGUCAGAUUACGAACAUGCACAGGCAGUAUGGAACAGCUUCAACAUCCGUACAAUGGGGGAAUAUCACGACUUGUACGUGAAAUCAGACGUUUUACAACUGGCAGACGUAUUCGAAAAUUUUAGGAAAUUGUGUUUGCAAUUUUAUGAAAUCGAUUGUGCUCAUGUAAUGACAUCACCCGGUCUGUCCUGGCAAGCAUGUUUAAAAAUGAUUGAGCAGCCUCUAGAACUUUUAACCGAUGUAGAUAUGCAUCUCUUCAUUGAACAGGGGAUACGAGGGGGAAUUUCAGUGAUUACAAAGCGGUGGGCGCAGGCAAAUAAUCAUUAUAUGCCAAAUUACGAUUCAACAAACCCAGAGAGCUAUAUCAUGUAUCUAGAUGCAAAUAACCUGUAUGGAUGGGCGAUGUCGCAAGCAUUACCCUAUGGCGAAUUUGAAUGGAUUUCUGCGGAAGCUGUAACCCCUGAAUGGAUUCUUUCCAUUAGUGAAAAUUCAACAGAAGGUUAUAUUUUAGAAGUUGAUUUGGAGUAUCCUCCUGAACUACAUGACGCUCAUAAUGAUUAUCCUCUCGCACCUGAAAAAAAAGCAGAUAUUUCAGGGUUCAAUCCUAUAUUUUGA